AGGAGAUGCUCUAGAAUUACACGGAGACGGCAAGAAUGGACGUCCUCUUCAACUCGAUUGACGUCCGGGACCUUCUAUCCGUGCCGGACGUGGACGACGCGUCGGCACCACUUUCCGCGCCGGAUCUCCGCCUUCUCAUCGACCGUCUCCAAAUCCGCUCUGUUGCCAUCAAAUCUAAAGUGCGUCAGUACAUUCUCUCCCACCACUCCGAUUUCUCUGCACUGAUCACCCAAUGCUCAGACGUCGUCUCGAGUUCCGAACACCUUUCCGACCAAGUUACAGACUUGCUCCGUCUCAUAUCCGACCGGCCCAUCGAGGUUACUACCAAAGCUGUGAUCGACGAAAUUGUUGCCAAGAGAAGAGAGCUGAGCGAGAAGAGGGAUUUACUAGAGUUUCUAGGGCUAUUUUUGGAUCUCAGUGGGAAAUUAGAGCUAGUAAAAGAUGAAUUGAAGACCGGGAGUGUGGAAAAAGCCGCAUUGUCUUUGAAGGAAUUGAAGGCGGCGCUGCAAGUCAGCGACAAUGACGCGCAGAUGGAGAAUAAGCCACUACCUUUAGUAUAUGAUCUGCUAAAAAACCAAUGGACUGAGUGCUUCGAAGAGAGGAGUUGCAUUUGGAUGUGUAGAUACAAGAGCUUCUUUUGAAAUGUAUAGAAGAUGCUCUGCGAUUUGAGCAUGAAAGCAUUACAGUUCGUGCGAAGCAUCACAUAAGCAUCCAUGGGAUUGAGCUUCCAACAAUUUUAAAAGCCAUGGAAACUCUCUCCAUUAUGGAUUAUGGACUUGCAAAAGUAGCAGAUUCAAUGAUUAAGACUAUUGUUACUCCGUUGGUUGUCAAUUGGUCAACUCCUCACUAUGUCGAAGAGAUAACUCAUGAAUCAGGGAAUAGUGCAGAUUCAGUUUUGAGGAUUGUCCCUUCAACUGAUCACAAGUUUGACUGUUCAAGAGGUGAAGCCAUGUAUUCAGCUCUGAUUCAGAUUGUUAAGUUCAUCUACAAAUCCUUGUGCUUCCAAAAUGAUAUUUGGAUGCGCCGUUUUGGAAGGCUAACAUGGCCGAGGAUGUCAGAUUCAAUCAUUUCGAACUUUUUGUCGAAGGUUGUCCCUGAUGAUGCUUCCAAACUUGUAGACUUUCAAAAAAUUGUAGAAUACACAUAUGAGUUUGAAACAGCUCUGAAAGAUUUGUCUUUCAUCUCAUCAUCUGAUAGCAAGGAUGAAAGGUUGAGAAACUUUGCUGAUAAUGUUGAAGUCCAUUUUGCUUCAAGGAAGAAAGUUGAAAUUUUGACAAAGGCUAGAAAUUUGCUUAUACGAUGUGAUUUUCAUUUCCGUGAAGAUAAUGGGAAGGAAACUCAAGUAAAGGAUGACUGCAAUGGCAAUGCUACAUGUAAUUAUGUUGUUGAUUUGCUUUUUUCAUCUGAAAGAUGCAUGGUGUCUGAAGCAGCAUAUCAACUUAUGAAGUUAGUGCACCAGACCCUCAAGGACGUUUGCUUAUCAUCUCCAAGAGUGGGAGUUGAGUUUUACCAAGCUGCUCGAGAUUCACUGCUCCUUUAUGAAGCUGUUAUGCCAGUUAAGUUGGAAAAGCAGCUGGAUUCCAUCAAUCAUGCAGCUGUUCUUAUCCAUAAUGAUUGUCUGUAUUUGUCUCAGGAGAUUCUUGGGCUUGCAUUUGAGUACCGCUCAAACUUCCCUGGUUUGAUUAAAGAGGUUGCAGUUUUUGUGGAUUUGGCGCCAAGGUUUGAGAUGAUGGCAGAAGAAGUGUUGCAGAGACAAAUCCGACUUGUAGUUCUUAACCUAAAGCAGGAAAUUGAUGGUGCUGAUGGAUUUCAAAAUACCCACCUGAUUAAGCAAUAUGAAUCUGCUAAGCUGAGUAUUGACCAGGUUGUAUUCAUUCUUGAGAAAGUUCAUAUUGUUUGGAAGUCUUUACUGUUACCUUCCACAUACAAGAGAAGUAUGAGCAUGUUUCUUGAGGAGAUAUUUUCUAGAGUAGCAAAGGACAUACUUCUUUUAGAUGAUAUGGCAGCUGAAGAAACAUUACAGCUUCAGAGUUUGAUUCACUUGCUAUUUGAAAACCUUCAACCAUUUCUGGAAUUCCUUUUGGCCAUCAUUCAGAGAGAGAAAUUACAGGAAUACCCUGUGCAAACUAUUGAUGAUCUCAUACCAUCGCUCCGAAAGUUGCAGAAAAUUGCAGAUCUUUUGGACAUGCCAUUGAAGUCGAUCACUGAAUCCUGGGAAAGUGGUGAACUUGUCAUUUGUGGUUUUACAUCGCCUGAGGUUCAAGACUUCAUCAGAGCUAUAUUUACGCAGUCAACCCUGAGAAAAGAAUGUUUGCAUAGAAUAGAGAGCACAUCAUUUGGCUGAAAAUCUGCUGACUUUGAGGAUCCGAGUUUUCUUGCAAGUGUAAUUAGGUCAAAUUUUUGUAUUUGAUUUUCUCGCAAGUUCACAAACUAGUGCAACAAGCCAUCAUAUGUACUACAGUAAACCCUUCUCAUCUCACUAAUUUUUACAAUUAAUGUAAUAGUCGUAUUUGUAGCGCGAUUACUAUUUAACCCAGAAACAGGGAUCAACUUUUCUUGAACGAUAGUCUUUGUCAUUAAUCUCGUUGAAACUAGUACAUAGUAUGAUGCAAGAGUCAUCAAUUCUUUUUUAGCAAAAAGUUUCUGAGAUAUUUAUG